CGCCUCAAUAGGCAGGACUCAGUAAAAAAAAAAAAAGGUGGGCGGUUGAUAGCGCAGGGCAAACUGCGCACGGUUAGUUUUCAGGCUCCGCAUCAGGACUAAUGAAUGGAGGCUGGAGGCAGCUGGGGAACAAAGUCGCGUCUUAAGUCUAAAAACUAGGAAAAAAAAUAAAAUAAUAAUAAAAAAAACAAUUUUAGAGAAGAUUCGGCUGUGGGUUUGAGAUGGAUUGGCCAGGUACCUUUGACACAACUCCUUGGAGAAGUGAGAGAUGAUUGCUGUUUGGAGUUUGAUGUGGUUUUUCUUUAACAAGCGAUAGAUGCUUUAAAGGAGGAAAGUUCAUUGACGGAUCGUCGGGAGGAGUUGUGGAGUUGUGUGUACUUCUUGUGGAGUUGUGUGUACUUCUUGUGGAGUUGUGUUUGUCAAACAUAUGACUGGCUCUGGGAUGUGAUCAACUGGCUGAACUGGAUUUACUGGGAAUUCGGAAAAAAGCUCAGAUUUCAGACAGAGAAUCUCAAAGCUGUUCUGUUUUUUAAGGCGUGGAUGUGGUAGUGGAGCUUUAUUUCAGCCAUGGGGAAUUUGGAAAGUGUGGAUGGACAAUCUGAGAUGAAGCAUCACAUCAUGCCGUUAAAGGUGCCAAUGCCAGAGUCCGCCGAGCUCGAGGAGCGCUUUGCUCUGGUUCUGAGCUCCAUGAACCUUCCCCCGGACAAAGCACGCCUCCUCCGGCAGUACGACAACGAGAAGAAGUGGGACCUGAUCUGUGACCAGGAGCGCUUCCAAGUGAAGAACCCUCCACACACGUACAUUCAGAAACUGAGGGGCUUUUUAGAUCCAGGAGUCACACGCAAGAAAUUCCGCAGGCGGGUUCAGGAAUCCACCAAAGUUCUGAGGGAACUGGAGAUAUCGCUGAGGACCAAUCACAUCGGGUGGGUGCGCGAGUUCCUGAAUGAUGAGAACAGAGGACUGGACAUUCUGGUGGAGUACCUCUCCUUUGCCCAGUGCGCUGUCGCGUUGGAUUUUGAUGGUCUGGAGAACAUGGAGGACGGCUCACUGGACAAAUCCAAGUCCUGGAGCAGGUCCAUUGAGGAUUUGCACCAGAAUGGUUUCAGUACCCUGGUGCGCUCGGUGCGCCAAACGGUCCCCCGGUAUGGCUCAGCAGCAAACAGCAAAACUAUCAAAAACUCCAGGAUAGUGAGUCAGAAGGAUGAUGUGCAUGUGUGCAUCAUGUGUCUCCGAGCAGUCAUGAACUAUCAGUACGGUUUCAACAUGGUCAUGUCCCAUCCGCAUGCAGUUAAUGAAAUCGCCCUGAGCCUGAACAAUAAGAACUCACGGACAAAAGCACUGGUCCUGGAGCUUCUGGCUGCUGUGUGCCUGGUGCGAGGGGGCCAUGAGAUCAUCCUCUCAGCAUUUGAUAACUUCAAAGAGGUAUGCAAAGAAAAGCACCGAUUCGAAAAACUGAUGGAGUAUUUCCGCUGUGAAGACGGAAACAUAGAUUUCAUGGUGGCCUGCAUGCAGUUCAUCAACAUCGUGGUCCAUUCUGUAGAGGACAUGAACUUCCGUGUGCAUCUGCAGUACGAAUUCACUAAACUGGGUCUGGAUGAUUUCCUAGAGAAAUCUAAACACACAGAGAGUGACAAGCUGUCAGUGCAGAUCCAGGCAUACUUGGACAACGUGUUCGAUGUGGGAGGACUGCUGGAGGAUGCAGAGACGAAGAACGUGGCUCUGGAGAAAGUGGAGGAACUGGAGGACCAGCUGUCUCAUGUGACAGAGAAGCUUCUGGACGUGGAGAAUGAGACGGUGAUGAAAGUCGCUGAGCUUGAGAAACAGCUUCUACAGAAAGACAAGGAUCUCGCAACUGUUCGGGAGACUUACGAAUUGACGAGCUCUCAGGUGCGCACGCUUCGCCGUGUGAUACAAGAGAAGGACGCCGCAUUCCAGAGGCACACCAACAUCGAAAAGCGUCUGCUGGAGCUCGAGCAGCAAGGAACGAUCCGCCUGAGGAAGCAGCCUGACGGAGACAUUGCAAUCGAGGCCCUGGGUGGUGGUGGAGGAGGUAGUGGAGGAGGUGGAGGAGGAGGAAGAGGAGGAGGAGGAAGUAUAGACAACAUGACUGGAGCUCCUCUCGGGGACCUGAGCUCAGGCAGUACCAUCCUGGGUAUCAGUUUGCCUGCUGCUAUUGUAGAAACGCCUGCACCUCCACCCCCGCCACCGCCACCUCCACCACCUCCACCUCUCCCCUCAGCAGCAGCGUGUCUACCACCUCCACCUCCGCCUUUGGCUCCUCCACUGCCAGGAGCUUCACCCUCAGUCAUCCUCAGUGUUGGUUUAUCAGCCAUUCGCAUCAAGAAGCCCAUAAAGACCAAGUUCCGCCUUCCUGUAUUCAACUGGACUGCUCUGAAGCCCAACCAGAUCAAUGGCACUGUCUUCAACGAGAUCGAUGAUGAGCGAGUGCUUGAGGAGCUGGAGCUGGAGAAGUUUGAGGAGCUCUUUAAGACUAAAGCACAGGGUCCAGUGGUCGAUGUGUCCUGUACAAAGAGUAAAACCUCCAGUAAGGCCGUAAACAAAGUUCAGCUGCUUGAUGCUAAUCGCUCCAAAAACCUGGCCAUCACUUUACGCAAGGCCAACAAGAGCACGGAGGAGAUCUGCAGAGCCAUCCAGACGUUUGAUCUCAAGGCCCUGCCGGUGGACUUUGUGGAGUGUCUCAUGCGCUUCCUGCCGACGGAGGCAGAGAGCAAGCUGCUGCGUCAGUACGAGAAGGAACGGCGACCUCUGGAGCAGCUGGCUGAGGAAGAUCGCUUCAUGCUCCUCUUCAGCAAGAUCGAGCGCCUCACGCAGAGGAUGAGCAUCAUCACAUUUGUCGGGAACUUCAGCGACAGCAUGGGCAUGUUGACCCCGCAACUCAAUGCUAUCAUUGCUGCCUCAGCCUCUGUGAAGUCUUCUCCAAAGCUGAAAAGAAUGCUGGAGAUUAUUUUGGCCUUGGGGAACUACAUGAACAGCAGUAAACGAGGCUCGGUCUAUGGUUUCAAGCUUCAGAGUUUGGAUCUGCUGCUGGACACGAAGUCUACUGACCGCAAGAUGACGUUACUGCACUACAUCGCUCUCAUAGUGAAGGAGAAAUACCCAGAGCUAGCUAACUUCUACAACGAGUUGCACUUUGUCGACAAAGCCGCAGCAGUGUCUUUGGAGAAUGUGCUGCUGGAUGUGAAGGAGCUCGGAAAAGGAAUGGAGUUAAUCAGAAGAGAGUGCAGUCUGCAUGACCACGCUGUCCUCAAGGGCUUCCUGCAGGCCAGCGACCUGCAACUGGACAAGCUGCAGAAAGAUGCCAAGACCGCUGAGGAGGCUUUCAACACUGUGGUGAUGUACUUUGGCGAGAGUCCCAAGACAACUCCUCCAUCAGUGUUCUUCCCGGUGUUCGUGCGCUUCAUCAAAGCUUACAAAGAUGCAGUUGAGGAAAACGAACAGAGGAAGAAACAGGAGGAAGCUAUGAGAGAGAAACUGCUUGCUCAGGAGGCCAAACAGCAUGACCCCAAGGUGCAAGCUCAGAAGAAGAGGCAGCAACAGCACGAGCUGAUCGCCGAGUUGAGACGGCGUCAGGCCAAAGAUCACCGUCCGGUCUACGAGGGCAAAGACGGUGCCAUCGAGGACAUCAUCACAGCGUUGAAGAGUGUGCCGUUUACAGCGCGCACAGCCAAGCGGGGCUCGCGCUUCUUCUGUGACACCAACCUGUACGACGAGUCCAACUGCUAGCCCCUUCCUAAGCUCCCUCUCAAAAUCUGUCCCUAAUUUAUAAGAUCUCCGAAGCCAGCCGUUCCUGCGAGCUGACGCGGUGAUCCGAAACGGGUGGAAGCGACCCUAAAGACCCUCCCUGACCCCUGCCCACCCUGCGCUUAUCUCCCCGCACCUCACAGUGACGGAGCGUAGGCCAGGACCAAAGCAAAGGCUGUCUGUGCGUUUAAUAAGCGGGUGGGCGACCCCUUUAUUUAUUUAUGGAAAUCCUUUCUGGAUGGGCGGACUCUCUGGUUCUCUCUCUCUCUCUGUCUCUCAACAAAGCUACAAAAGCACAGAGGUUACAAAGUGUCCGCACCCUUUCCUUUACUCUCCCACACACAAACACACACACGUACGUAUCCGAAACACUCACGAAGCAUCAUUGUGUGGCCUUGUUGGGGGAAAAAGGAAGAGACAUUUCCUGGACAGUGGUGUGCGAGAGGACAUGUACAUACACACGGAGAGAACAACAUGGGCCCCUUCACAUGUGCAAUCUAUAAACAAGACUGACUGAUGAAGAGAUACUGAACGACCCACACCAUGUAUACACAAUUCCUUAGAUAAUUACAACAGCAUGAUUAUUACCAGAAGGUGGUUCGAGCUCGACUCGACAGAUCGAACGUCUUUUGUUAAACAAGUGCCUUUUUUUUUUUGGUUUUAAAAUCGAGACAGUAUUAUUUGCUUAAAUAUUUAGCCAAAAAAACAGAUGCCAGUCUUUUAAUUUUCAUAAUUUUGUACUGAUUGUUUUGCUUUCUUUUUGUACUGAUUCCUAUUUUUUGUAUAACAUUCAUUGAAAUAUUGUAAAUUAUGCGAAAGUGCAGCUCGUCGCAUUGUGGAUUUCAAGGAGAGAAAGCCUGCCUGUUCGGGACUCGUGUUAUUUUAAAAGGCAAUUAUGUGCCUUCCGUAGUUAAUACUAAGCUAACAUCAUUUUUAUCUGACUGUAUAUACUGGUUUUUAUGCUUUAGAAAAGCACUAACGUGCUGCAGGUUACACGCCCAGGUGUUAUUUUUGUAAAAUAAACAAAUAAAUAAAUAAAUAAAUAAAUAUACUGCAGGGGUGCCAACAUUUAUAGUUAAGGUAUUAGUAUUUACAAUUUUUGUACACUAUCCAACAAGACCAAGCCUGAAUAAAAUUCUUCUACCGUUUCGUUUGUUGUUUUUUUGUUAGAAUUUUUUUUCUUGCUAGAAUUAUUGGCACCCCUGCGUUCACCUGCCUCAUUGUGCCAAAGAAAUGAAGGAUUAUGAUGUAUUUGGAAAUGUUAAAAGCCAUUAUUCUGAGAUUUCAUUUGGGAUUCUGUAUCAUUUGCGAGCCUUCCUUUUUGCACUAGUUAGUAAAAUGACAUGGGGAGAUUCUUCAGAACUAAUACACUACAUACUGCCCUUUAGAGGCAUGACCGAAACACGAGCAACACUAGACCUUACUGGGGGUCUCUUAAAUAUUUAAAUGUUUUGUUUGUUUUCUGUUUGAUCGUGUACAAAGGCGCAAGUGCUGAAUGUAUAGGCAUGACAUCUCUUUUAAGAAAUCCAUCACUGUAUCAGCUUUAGCCAUUUCCAUUUGUCAAAGGAAGCACAAAUAAAAGCCAGAUGUUCCUGA